AUGCCUUUCUGCUCAUUUAUUGAACCAGACGCACGGAAGACUAAUCCCUACAUAUACGAUCAUAUUAAAGACAGAAAGGCUCUACAAAGCUUUUCACUCGCCAUAAUUGAUAGCUACAAAUGGCCAGCCGGUACUAAGUUGAGAGUGCGAUUUCUUCCCCGUAAUGAGGGUAAUCCCAACUCCAUCGAUGGCACCGAGGACCACAAAAACCAAGUCAGAAUUCAUGCUCCUACAUGGACUGAGAAUACCAGCAUCAGUUUCAGGUUCCUUGAUGACAGCUCGACCAAAGAAGACUUGCAGAACGCAGAAAUUAGAAUCCAAUUCCAAAAUGGGUCUUAUGGUGAAUCUCAGUUGGGAACAACAUGCAACACCGUUCCUGUCGAGGAACCUACUAUGCUCCUCGGUGUGCAGGGUGAGAGGUUCAAAAGCCUCAUUUUACAUGAGUUUGGUCAUGCCCUGGGGGCGAUACACGAGCAUUCAAGUCCACGGGCUAAUCUCACUUGGAACAAAGAGCGUGUUAUUGAAUCAUACCGCGGAAAAGGCAUACCUGAAAAGGACCUACCAGGAUACGUAGAAACCAACAUCCUUGCUAGGUACAACGAGUAUGAUGAUGAAGGAAAAAGGCAUACUUCUGCAACAAACUUCGAUACACGUUCCAUCAUGAUAUAUACAAUCGAUUCCAGCUGGACACAGGAGAGGGUACAAAUCGAUUGGCCUGAUGGACUGUCUGGGAGGGAUAAGGAGUGGAUACAAACUGCGUAUCCCCCGGCCGCUAGGACCGUUUACGGAGGCCGUUUUAGUGGGCCUGCAGUUAUCCUCUCUCUGACAAAAGACAGCCCUAGGGGCCAGCAGGUAGCUCAGGAUAGCCAGUAUCAUAUUGGCUGGACUUCCCUCAGAACAGAGCGGCGUAACCCACCGUCAAUUGCCCUUGGUUUGAUCCGGUUUCGUCUACCUCAUCCAAACAUAAAAGUGGGCGUAUCCGCUGAAAAUGUGACGAAGACCCACUUUGCAACACAUUUGCGCUCUUCAGGCAAUUUGGAUGGUUUCUUGUCGUGCCUUGGUAGCUGGUUCGCACCUGAAAUGGACGAUCGGAACUUUCAGGUAGACACAGCCAGCUUUGAGGCCGAAGACCCCAAUGUUUCACAAAUGAUUCAAUUCUCAUGGGGCUUCGAUGAACCACCGGAAGUAAUUGUAUGGCUUCAGGACAUUGACAUGAAUGUGACUAAUGCAGACCAAUUUUCGGUGGAUACAAAACCUGCCAAUAUCACUGAGGAAGGAUUUGAACUGUGCAUUAAAUGGACUGGAGACCAAGGGAGACAUAGGGCGAAGGUGUCCUGGAUUGCGUGUGCUAAGAGCUUCAGAAUCAAGUGUAGUAACCAUGACUUCGACAACUUUACUCAAAAAAAUGACUUCACUGAGGCGACAAAUAUAGGAACUGGAAACUACGGAAUAGAAGGCAUAUACCACGGUAUCAAAGGGUUUCAAUGCAAAUCGAGCCAUGUCACUAAAACUGGGCUUGUGCAACUUCAGACACAUAUCCGCGACAGAAAGUCUAACAAAUUCACCAUUGUGGCCGAGACAGCAGGGGCUGAUUAUGUGAAGGUAGCAUGUCUGGCGAUAUGCAAAUGA